AUGGAAGCGUCCGGUGUGAUUCCGCUGCUCGGCAGAAAAUCCAGGGAAAAGCCGCCCCGGAACAUCUGCUGUCGCCUGUUCUCCACAGAGCUGUUUGGCUACGAGGAGCCCAGUGGCCGUCCUGCCAAGCUGCGUGGGCUUGGUGGAGGGGCAGAACAAGGUAAGACUCGGACCAAGGACAAGUACCGCGUGGUCUACACAGACCACCAGCGCCUGGAGCUGGAGAAGGAGUUUCACUACAGCCGGUACAUCACCAUCCGGCGGAAAUCUGAGCUGGCCGCCAACCUGGGGCUUACUGAGCGCCAGGUAAAGAUCUGGUUCCAAAACCGUCGAGCGAAGGAGCGCAAAGUGAACAAGAAGAAGCAGCAGCAGCAACCGCCAGCUCCACAGCUAACGCCAGCCCUGGACACCCUGGAAGGCACCCCCACCUCAGUUGGGCCACCCUUGGGGGGCCUGGACCCCAGCAACACUGGCCUCCUGGGUGCUUCCUCCCCAGUGCCUGUCAAAGAGGAGUUUCUGCCCUAGUCCCUCUCCGUCCUGUGGCUCAGAGGACCUGGGGAGCUGGGUGCUGGGGGCAGAGCUUCUGAUGGGGUUUGUGACAUAAGGCCUGCCCCAGCCCUGCCUCUGUCACCAUGGACAAGUCACCCACCCAGUCCCUGCAUCCCUUGGCUGUCUGGGCGGAGAGCCUAUUGGCGAGGACCUCUUCAGGCACCUGUGUUCUAGGCCUCAGGGGGAUGAGGGAGCCCAGGUGGGCACUCGACCUCCAGAGGGCAGAGUGGAGGGUCAGGGCAGGGCCCUAGGUCCCUAGGUUUGGUGGGGGAGGAGGAAGGCUGUUGUAGGGAACAGGUGGGCCCUGGAGAGAGGGGUACUGCCCAGAGAAGAUGGGAUGCUGGCAGGCUGUGACUACUCCCACCUGCCUCUUCCUGCAGCCCCACCUUCACCUGCCCCUCCCCAGCCUGGGUGCUGACUAAAGCCCCUGGCCUGGGUCUGAGGUGAGGCUCCAGUGAGUGCUCUCUGACUGCCAGAGCCCUGUCCACUGACUGGCACUGGCAGGGAGGCCUGCGAUGCAGGGAGAGGUGACCAGGAAAGGGACAGAGUACACCCUGUGGGCUGUGAAUCAGGUCUGGGCCCCAGGGGGCCCCAGAGACUGUCUA